AUGCACUCUGGCACCAGCCGCUCACCGACCGAGGCCAAUUUCCCCAUCCACCCCAUCUGGUCGCCACGGCGCCGUCCGCACCACCGCGACAACUCGGGAUCCUACUCCGGUCACCUCUCCCUGGGAUCGAACAUCAUGCCGUACGAUUCUCAGGAUUCAAUCUCCGCUGCGCCGCCGCAGCGGAAACCCUCUCAACAGCCUCAUGGAACGAGCGGCCGCACUCGUGCCGACACGGCCGGAACGCGGAGCGUGCCUCCGACGGCCGGCGGAAGGGAAUCCUUCACACCGAGAUUGCGUCGCAACCGCAAGAGCAUCACGCUCAGCGUGUGGACGGCGCCGAGCAUGGACCAGGCGCUCGGUGCGCCCGCGAAUAAAUACAUCGUGCUCUUCGCGCUCGGCUUCGUCCUGCCGCUGUGCUGGUUCAUCGCGGCGGUCCUCCCGCUCCCGAUGCGGCCCAACGACGAAUUCGAGCGCCUCGAGAACGAGAAGGCAAUGAUCGAGAAGUACCACGGCGGCACAGGCAAGGGCAAGGAACGCGCAACCGAGUUGCAGCCGACGUCGGCGCCGAGCACCGCUGCUGGUGGGGGCGUUCUAAUGAUGGGAAAUGAAACUAAUAUUGAAGGGGGACUGGGCCUGGAUCUACGAAACAAGACACAAUUGCACCAGAGGGACUGGGCGCAAGAGGAAAGAUUAUGGCAGAAGGCCAAGUGGUGGCGGAGAGUGAAUAGAGUCAUGUCGUUCGUCGGACUCUGCGUCAUCGCGGCUGUCGUCGCUCUCGCAGUGGUUUACACGAGGUAA